AUGACAGUUUACCAUCUCGUGGAGAGAACGAUAAACAUUUUGUCAAUAAGUUACACAGCAAUAUUUGCAUGAAAUUCUUGUGAUUUGUUGUAAUAAAUCCUGCAAUUAACCAUGGCUGAUAACGAAGCCAAAGCUAUGCAGCUCAUGGCUGAAGCAGAGAAGAAACUGACUUCAUCCAAAGGAUUUUUCGGGCAACUCUUUGGUGGAUCAUCAAAGGUGGAGGAGGCAGUUGAAUGCUACCAACGGGCAGCGAACAUGUUCAAGAUGGCCAAGAAGUGGGGUCAGGCAGGCAACGCCUUCUGUGAGGCCGCAGCCUUGCACUCUAAGGCGGGCAGCCGACACGACGCUGCUACAAACUUUGUGGACGCCGCCAACUGCUAUAAGAAGUCUGAUCCUAACGAGGCCGUCAACUGUCUGCUGAAGGCAAUCGAGAUCUACACUGACAUGGGAAGGUUUACAAUGGCCGCCAAGCACCACCAGACCAUCGCAGAGAUGUACGAAACAGAAGCGGUCGACCUCGACCGGGCUGUACAGCAUUACGAGCAAGCAGCCGACUACUUCAAGGGGGAGGAAAGCAAUAGUUCGGCCAACAAGUGUAUGCUUAAAGUGGCCCAAUACGCCGCACAGCUGGAGAACUACGAGAAGGCUAUAAAAAUAUACGAAACUGUAGCGUCCAAUUCGCUGGAAAGCUCGCUGUUGAAGUACAGCGCGAAGGAGUACUUUUUCCGAGCAGCUCUGUGUCACUUGUGUGUUGACAUGCUGAAUGCGCAGCACGCUCUGGAGCGCUAUGUCGAGCUCUACCCCGCCUUCCAGGACUCCAGGGAGUACAAACUACUCAAGGUGCUGAUUGACCACGUAGAGGAGCAGAAUGCUGACGGAUUCACAGAAGCCGUGAAGGAUUACGAUUCCAUCUCCCGGCUAGAUCAGUGGUACACCACGAUCCUCCUUCGUAUCAAGAAACAAGUCAACGACAACCCCGACCUACGUUAACCCACCUCAGCGUCUGAUGCUUGUAGUCUAAGCGCAUGUCACGUUGUUUUAAAACCGAUCAUAUUUUUUUGUAAAACAAUAGAUCCUACGCCAUCGGUCUCAACUGUACAUUUCACAACGGGCACUGUACACCAUCGGCUACGGAAAUUUAACUUUCUCGCUGUAUUCGUUAAAGUUUAACUAAGCAUGUUUAGCGUAAGUGACUUAAAAGCGACUUGUGAAAAUUACAAUAUUGUUACUGUAAGUUGUUAAUACGUGAGAAAUUAUGAUUUGAAAACCAUAUUUUAUGAAAAUCUUAAGUUAAACAAGGCAUAAAAACCAACUGGGCUAUUUUCAAACUUUGUAAAUGGUAGAGGGGUCGAUUUAGUGUGAUUUUUGUUUGACUUUUCGUUUAUGGCCAAGGUGUAAUGACUGUUUUUGCUGAGUUUUACUCUGUUAUGUUUUAAUUCAGAAAUUUAUUGCUUUAGAAUUUUGUAUAAAGUGUAUUAUAUUUUGUUAGGAAAUUGCAUGAAUGCAGUAUUCUGCAUUGAAGGGGUUAACCGGAAAAAUUAGAAAUAUUGUCUCACAGAGCUGAAUUGAACUCCUACGCUUUAUGAUUACGAUGGUUAUAGUCGAAUAUUGAGUUUGUGUGGAAUGAGGGGGAUCAAAAACAGAUGAAUCCUAGGUUCUUAAGCCUUAAACUCAGUGUUACGAUAAUGUUUUGAAUCUCAGGCUUCACUUUGUUCCGCACAACUUUUACAGUUCAUGUAAAGGAGUGUAUCUGAUUUAUAGCGUAAUCUUAAACUCACAUAAUCAGUUUGGUUUCAAAUCAGUUCAGUAAAUUUUCUAGUUGUUAAAUCAAAUUUUUAUCUGGAUAACACAAUUUACCUGUAGAAGUGCAGUUGUUGUUUUGGAUUUUUUUAAUGAGUCUGGAAUUAUACAUUUUGUUUCAACUUGAAGGUUGAAUAACAACAUUUGUUAACCAACCAAGGCCAAGCCUAGUUGUGGAUGCAUUCUUAAUUACUUUUCACUAAAGUUAUUGUAUAAAAGAGAGUGUGCAAAAGAGGUGUUGAUAAAACUAUUUUUGAAACGUGUGCCGUUUUAGCCAACCUGUUUGAAAACCGGUGUGCAAUUUAUUUUUAAUGUAAACCUACUCUUUGUUGUUUUACAAUGUGUUGUCUUUCAUUAGUUACGAACUGCAAUCAUUUUGUUAUCUUUCAUCAAUUUUGCUUAUUGGAAAAACUCUGAAAUGUCCUUCAAAGUAUUUUUUUCACAAGUACUAAAUGUUUAAGAACAAUAAUCUGUAAAAAUUCAAUGGAAGAUAAUUUCUCGGCCAGUGUUGAAUCUUUUUUUCCAAUUAAAGGUAUAGUUUGGUUUCAGUAACUUACAAAUAUUCAAGAUUGAAGUGCCGUGAGUGAAGCACCCAAUCCUCCGCAUACAAUACAGUAAUAAGGCUUACACCUCAAAGAUAAUCUUGCGUAACUGUUUCAUUAACCAAGUCACCAGCCCCCACUGUAAAAAUAUACACUUUUUAAACUAAGCACGUAUUGUAGCAAAGUAAAUCUCGAGGUGUGAUUGCUUUUAUCAUCUUGCACUGCUCGAGAAUAUCUUUUAUAACAUUCCUAACCAAAUAUUACGGUUAAUAUUUUUUUAUCGAUUUCAUUUAUUUUCCAUAAACUACAGUAUAACUUAUCUACGACUCCUAAAUGUGUUUAGAUUAGAUAAUAGGACUUGCACUGUGUUGAUUCAAAUAAUUGUAUAGUUAUUCCAUGUAUAUAGUCAGUUAUCGGAAUAGUAAUAAAAUGUUUUUCGUUACUUGUUUGUAUGGUUAUACUUUGUACAGGUAAAUCUUGCCAGCAUUGUAUAAACAGGUCAUAUUUAUAUUAGUGGUUGGUGAGCUUGAAAUUCAGUAAUAAAAAUACUGGCAAAUCUCUAAUUAUCA